AUGUUGAGUCUUAUCUUAGCAUACCGAUGUGGCCACUCCCAUUUUGCGUCACACUUCAAAAAGAGUGUCAAAAAGCUAUCAGAAAAUGUUGAAGAAAUAUAUCCAGCAUGGCAACCAAUCAGAAUUAAAUUUAAUUACGACUAUAUUCGUGAUCAAACUAAAGAUAAGAAGGGUUGCCAACCAGAUAAUAAAACAAUUGGAUGGGGUGGAGCUGGAUAUUUUUGCAACAAAGCUGAUACACUUAACGAAACACAAAAAGAAGUUUUAAUUACUACAAUGGAGAAUGUCAGACAUUACUUAGAGUCAAUCUUUAAAGUAAGACGUCAUCCAAAUAACAAGUUUGCAGUUAAAGACUGGGAACUUUUCUUCGAUGCCCCAGUUAAUGAAGCUACAGAUUGCGAUUUCUUCAUGACAAUCACAGUUAGACCAUAUGGAGAUGAUGGAACAAUUGCAAGUUCAGCAUCGUACGACUUCUUUGAAGAUCUUGGACAUAGACCUCGCCUUGGAGGUGUCAUGAUCAAUGCAAGAACGAUUCCAAAAGAAGCACAGAACUAUGAUUCCUGGAAUAAUAAGUUCUUUUACCAUUGCGUUCAUGAAAUUUUCCAUGCCUUUGGUAUUAGCAAUUAUGUGUUCGAUCACUACCAUCCACCGAACUCCUACAAGCCAUAUGAAAACAUGCUUUGCAAUAUUACAGUCAAAGGAAAGAAGAUGACAUUCCUGACAACACCAUACAGUCACAAAUGGGCAGUUAGACAUCACGGCCUUGAAGAAUAUGUCGGCGAUAACGGUGUGAAGUGCCCAUCAGGUAUUGAGCUCGAGGAUAUGGGUGGCUACGGCACAGAAUACGGACAUCCAAAGGCAAGAGUUUAUAUGACAGAUCUUAUGGUUGGCUUGUCCAUUCAAACCAACGAUGGUCCAUAUAUGAGGUUCACUGAUGUUAGUAUGGCAAUUCUUCUCGAUACAGGAAAUUAUAAAAUUAAUUAUAAGAUUGGCCAACCACUUCUUUGGGGAAACAAAGAUUCAUUCGACGGAGAAACAUAUCUCAAAGAUUUUCCAAUUCAACCACCACAACUUGCUUUUCCAGAACAAUAUCAAGGUAAAUCAUACAGAAACACAGCGUUUGCAUGCUUUGAUUUCAAAUGCACAGGUCCACUAACAUAUGAAGUACCAUACGAUUGUGUUGCCUAUCCAAGAGCCCAUUAUUGCAAAUUUAUUGAAUUCUACAAUCCACAGAGAUGGGAAGAAAUUGGCUACCAAGAUGUAUAUGAUUACAUCAGAUUUGUUUAUCCAAACACAAUCUGCAAACCAGGCUAA